AACAAUAAAAUUCCUGCCCACAACAACCUCCAACGCUAGGAAGAAGAAGAAAACGACAAAUUGCCACAGUCACAAUUUAAUUUCUUUAGUUUUUUGGGUUUUUAUUAAAUUUAAGAGCACGCAUCAUAAAAAGGCAAUCAGCGACAGCCGAACUGAGAAUCAGCAUAUAAACGUCAAUUAAGGCUUUGGCUGAUGCACUCCAAAUAUUCAGCAGUGCAAUAACACUAAACCCACACGAAAUACAAAUUUUCAGUUCUUCGCCAGAUGUUCAAACGUCGCCUCGCCAUCAACCGAAACCGAAACCGAAACCGAAACCGAAUUUCAACGAGCAACCCAAUCUUCGAAGCUUCCAACUAAACUCCACCAUGGACGUAUCCGCAUCCACUUCAUUUGAAACCUCGCCAGAUAAACGGAACAGCACCUACGUGGGGGACAAUACUUUAUAUGACAGUGCUCUGGAUCACCAAUUGUCCACAACGGCUUACAAGACCUGUAAUGAGAGCCUUAUCAACGAACUGAGCCAAAAUCCAUCGGGUCCUUUGAAUUCGACUAACAAAACAGCUAAUGCAGAUUUUGGCAAUGAAUCGGCUGUCUUCAAGGCCUUUGGAUCCCCGGGGCCGGCAGCUUUCAAUAGUCCCACGCCAGCUCUCAAUGCCAGCAUGUUGUUGAUUCAAUCCGAGAGCACUGACACAAAUACCUCGCAGGAGGAGGUGGACCCCAAGUCGCAGCUGGCCAACAAGACAAUAUUUAAGACGGAUAAUCCCAACUUGUCAAUUAUAGAGAUUAACGAUAACUCGAUUAAGGAGGAGGACCUCGAGAAGGUGGUUCUGGUUGAGGGCGAUAGCGUGAAGAACCUUCUUAAAAAGUCGCCUAGUAAGGACAUUUCGGCAAAUGCAGACAAGAGACGCCGCAAGGAGUCACUCCUGCAGACGAGCAAGCAGAAAUUGGACAUUUCGAUUGCCGAGGCCUCAGCUGCCGCUGAUGGUGAUGGCGAGAAGCGGGAUCUGGUGCCGGCCAUCGAUCAACCGCAGACCAAGCGCGAAAUCACAAUAUAUGAUACUAUCGAGGAGUUCGAGCAGAAUCUCCCAUCGACGGUGACGCUACUGAACACGCCCUUUGGCAGUAAAGUUUAUCUUGUGGGCACGGCCCAUUUUAGUGAGGAGUCGCAGGAUGACGUCUCAUAUGUCAUACGCAAUGUCCGUCCAGAUGUGGUCAUGGUUGAGCUGUGUCCAUCGCGUAUACACAUCCUGAAGCUUGAUGAGAAGACGCUGUUGGAAGAGGCCAAGAGCAUAAAUAUUCCCAAAAUUCGCGGAAUCCUGCACACUCAUGGCUACAUCAACGGCAUCUUCUUUAUCCUGCUGCUGCAGAUGAGCGCCCAGAUCGCCAAGGAUUUAGGAAUGGCGCCGGGUGGAGAGUUUCGUCGUGCCUUCGAGGAGAUACACAAGUUGCCCGGCUGCAUCCUGCACCUAGGAGAUCGACCCAUCCGCAUUACACUGUACCGUGCUCUGCGGGCUUUGUCCUUGUGGCAGACCAUGAAGCUGGUCUGGCGUCUGACCUUUACGGACAGCAUCAGCAUCGAGGAAGUGGAGGAGUGCAAGCAGAGCGACCUACUAGAGAAGCUGAUGCAGGAAAUGGCCGGCGAGUUUCCAGCCUUCUCAGAUGUUUUCGUGCGUGAGCGCGACCUUUUCCUUUGCCAUUCGCUGCAGCUGGCUGCACUGCCUCAGGCGGCACCAGGUGCCCAGCAGAUCCGUCCGGUGCGUGUGGUCGGAGUUGUUGGCAUCGGUCAUGCCAAUGGCAUAGCCAAGAUGUGGGGCACUGUGGAUCCCAAGAAGAUUCCGGCCAUUCUCGAAAUUCCGCCGGCCAGCCUAGGCCAACGCAUCUGCAAAUAUACGCUGAAAUAUGGCUUAAUUGGUCUUGGAUGCUAUGGUGCGUUCCGCUUUUUCCGGCCGCGCCUGACCCGCUUCUUUUAGAUGGAUAAUUGUGGACCAAGUAAGAGCCGACUGUAUCCCCGUUCGUCUGCUACGUUGUUAAUUUUGUUUUUAGUAAUUAACGUAUCCCUGCGCUGAUUUACACACUUAAGCGAACGCAGAUGGAGAGAAUUAGUUGUAUUGUAUUUUAUUGUAAAAUGAUGUUUUGAUAGACUCGUUUAUAUACGAAAUAUAUAUCCAUGGAUGUAUAUAUAUACCUGCAUACACAUACAUAUACUACUAAAUAACACAAACAGAAAAGACCAUUUACACAUAAUCUUAGUUUUAGAAGUACCGAGUUCUUAGAAAACAAUCGGGUUUGUUCGGAUUAUACACUUACAAAUUGUCAAAAUGUCCCCUCAUAAUUGUAUUUAAUUAAAAUUUGUUGUUUUACCAAACAAGAUUUAAUGUAACAGUUCGAAUAAGUUUUAAUUCAAAUUUGAAAUGCAUGUAAGAAUCGUAAAAAAAAAACCUAUAAAUGGGUUUAUCACAUUGUUAUUGUCCACCUGAUUGUUAAAAAGAAAGAAAAGAACCACAUGUAUAUGAAACUAAGUUUUGGAUAGUUAAGGCAUCGUAUUCCAUGUUGUAUGUACAAGGUUUCCUAGCAGGCCUGGCUUGUGUGUUAGGCUCGAGAAUGAAAUGUAAAUUCCACGAAAGAACUACUACAUAUAGAACCCGCCUCUGCAUUUGCAUUACUUUAUCUUCCACACCUAAUCAUUAGAUGUUGUUCAUUCCGUAGAGAAAAUCUAAAACAAAAAAAGAACUUAGCUAGUAGUGUUGAAAAAUAAGGGAAUACGUGAUGGACCUUCCAAUGGCCGUGUGUUACAAAUACAUAACUAAAUGCUAAACAAAGAGGAAUUUUAAAAAACGAAAACCGAAACAUACCAACCCUACAUGUACUUUAUUACAUAUACUAUAUACUAUAUCUGAACGUUGUAAACGUACAAAGAAAUGUUUAACAAAUACAAAUACCAAGCGAACUACAAGCAGUCUGUAUUUGCAACUUGGACGCAUGAUUAUUAGCUGCGUAGAUUUGCUGAUCCGUAAAAUGGUGUUAUAUGUAGCAUUUAGAAUAGAACUUACCACCCGAAGCAAACGAGCCUUUGUUUGUAACCGACUCAAAUAAAUGUACUAUAUGUAUUCCAUUCGA